AUGGCUUUAGCUACUACAUUUUAUUAUAUCCAGGAGUUGAUUCCUAACGUGAAAAUGGUGAUGAAUAAUUCUUCAUGGAGUUACAAGCUACCGUACAAAACAAGAACUUUUAUAGACAUACGUGACAUUAGGAUCUAUACCUGUCUCUGUAUUUACCAGAUGUUGAUACCACCGUGUGUUGUAUUAGGUUUCGUCGGAUUUGAUUGUUUGUUUACAAACCUAGCAUUUCAUAUUACCGCACAAUUUGCAAUUCUAAGCUGUAUCCUCAGAGAAAUUCUCGACGAUUCUAAUGGUUUUCAACGUAAUAUAAGAGAACUUGUACUUCGACAUUACAAAUUGAUAAGUACAUUGUUUAUUUAUUGUUACAUCGGCGAAUGUCUUAUUCAGGAAAGUACGAACCUGAGCCAUGCAUUUUAUCGUUACGAAUGGUAUAACGUGUCACCGAUCAAUUUAAAAAUGGUUAACAUUUGUAUGUUGCGAAUGAAAAAACCACAGCAACUAACAUCCGGUAAAUUUUUCGUUCUAUCAUUGGCUUCUUUUACCGACAUUCUCAAAACUUCGAUGGGAUAUCUAUCACUACUACGAACACUUAUAUGAAGAAUUUUUUUUAUCCUAUUUGGGCUAUAUAUUAUUAAGGUCACUUUUAUUUUUCACAAUAAUUAUAUAUCU